AUGAUAACUAAUGAAUCGAUACACGUUGGAUAUGUUAAAGUCGAAGCUAUAUUAGUGAGUGACAAGAUGCUUUCAUAUUUUACUUUGAUAAACUCCUGGGGAAUAGGUCAAUGUGUGGCCAUCUUUGGGCUGGUUGUCAACGUUUUAAACAUCGUCGUUUUUGUCCGACAAGGUCUGCGAGAUCCUGUCAAUAUCAGUCUUCUGGGACUUAGCGUUUCUGACUUCGGAUCCUUGGUGUUUUUCUUCCUUGCAAAUCUCUGCUGGACACCAUCUAUAGUGAAAUUGGACCUGCCCUUCUACCCGGUUCAACUCAUGUACUUUCUUGCCUGGGGUCACAUAGUCUUCACAAGAGUGACCACCGGGAUAACGGCUUGGAUCACAUUCGAGCGAUGUUUGUGCAUUGUGACCCCGCUCAAGAUCAGAUCGAUAGUAACCCCAAGCCGAACUGUAGCUUUUAUUAUCGUCAUCUACAUCGUGAUGUUUUCGUCUGCGAUCCCCGUGUUCUAUGCCACAAGGGUCGUCUGGUUAUUUGAUUCUAGCCGGAAUAAAUCCAUCCUAGGUGUUGCCAGAAUUACCCACAAUGCUUAUGUACAAAAAGUCGCUUUCUGGAUAAAUAACGUUCUGCCUACAGCUUUCUUCAUAUUUAUCACAAUAUGUACAGUGAUUUUGGUAAAAGCUCUCCAGAAAAACACCAAAUGGAAAGAGCAGUCGGUGUCUUCACAGAAACGGGCGAGUACUGCCAGCAGGGAUUCUAAAGUUGUCAAAAUGGUUACCAUCAUUUCCACUGUUUUUAUCGCCUGUUACACCCCUGGAACGGUUCUCUUUGUUGCUAUUCUCGUUUACCCAGAACUGGCCUUUGGAGGCAAACAGAAGAACUUAGUUGUGGCCAUUUUCUCUGUUUUAAUUGAACUAGAAGGAAUCAACUCAAGUACAAAUAUUUUUAUUUACUUGACCAUGAGUUCAAAGUUCAAAAGCACAUGUUACGACAUCUUUUGUAUUUACUGUAACAAGAUAAGUCAACGCUCAGAAAACUAUAAUCAUCAAUUGACGGACUGA